UCCAUUCAAAAUGGCUGACUUCGAUGAUAAUCGCGGAUACAGUAGAAAUCGCCCUAGGAGCGAUUUUAAUGGGGAUGAUGAUGACAGGGGUGCCUACAAUGACAGGGGCAGCUACGGUGGCGACAGGGGAAGUUAUGGCAAUGACAGAGGAAGUUAUGGCAAUGAUCGUGGGUAUGAUCGCAGAGGAGGUAACUAUGGAGGUCAAGACCGAGGUUAUGGUGGAGGUCGAAGUUCUGGCAGAGGAGGCGGCAGUCCACAAAUCCCCACAGAACCCCCUUUUACAAUAUUUAUUGGCAACUUACCUCAAGGACUAGUUCAGAGUGACAUUGAAAAUAUAUUUAAAGAUCUAAGUGUCAAAAGCGUUCGUCUUGUAAGAGACCGUGAAACAGAUAAAUUUAAAGGUUUUUGCUAUGUAGAAUUUGAUGAUGUUGAAUCACUAACAGAAGCCCUAACCUAUGAUGGUGCUUUAUUUGAAGACAAAAACAUAAGAGUCGAUAUUGCAGCUGGGAGACAAAAAGAUCGGAAUCAAGGGUUUAAUAGGGGGCGUGGUGGUGACCGCGGAGGUCGAGGUGGUGGCAGAGGAGGUUCCUGGCAGGGUAAAGAUGGUGAUUCAAGAGGUUACGGUUCUCCACGGGGAGGCACUGACAGAGGUGGCGACCGAGGGGGCUUCAGAGGUGGCCGAGGAGGUAGUGGUUAUGGAAAUUACAGUGAUAGAGGUGCAAGCUAUGAUCGUGGCUAUGGGGGAAACAGAGGAAGCACAGAUAGAGAUUUUGGCACUAGAAGACGGCAGGAUAGUGGCAGUGGUGCAGAAUUUAGAGAAGCAUCCCCAGAUUCCUUAGCUCAGAGACCAAAGUUGAACUUAAAGCCACGUACUGUCAAAGACCCUCCUAAUUUGCCUGUAGAUACUGCUAGAAAUGAGAGCAUUUUCGGCAAAGGCCGUCCACGUGAGUUUCGACCAGAUGAUGAUGUUGUUCCUCCAAAAGAUCGUUCUCGAAACACCAGCGAAAGCAGUGCACAUUAACAAAUUUAGUUUGACUUCUACUUCUAUCUUGUGUUCCCUGUGAGAUUUUUCACCAAACGUAAUCAAGCUACGAUCUUGAUGGCAACCAAAUGAAAAGGCUUCAAUGUGUGUUUCAGCAUAGAGUUGUUUGACAAAAAAAUGUUACUUUUUUCUUUUUACUUUAUAUCCCUGGAUUUUAACUGAGUGUGUCUGCUAGGCAUAUGAGUGUGUAUCAGACUACAGACAAGUGACUUUGUACAAAUUGUAUAGGGUUUCUUUACUUUGAUGUUUGAAUUAAGACUGUUUUAAUUUGAUCAUUGGUUGGGGGAACGCUGUUUGAACACAUUUUUCCAUCAACUUCAUAAUAAUGAAUAAUGUGCUUGGAAACUUUCAUCCCCAUUCAUUGUAGGCAAAGAAAAUGUUUCCAUUUCUACGACAAUGGUUAUAUUUUUUCUUCAUUAUAACUCCAUCUUUCUUACAUUAAAUUGUUUAAACAUUAGUUGAUGAUGUACAUAAGAUGUCAUGGAUCCUUGCAGCAAUCCGCAUGACAUAGUUUUUGUUGUUUUCUUUUUAGUUUGGUUUUCUUUUAUUACUUACAUUAAUAAAAUGAACUUUUAUUUGCAACAUUAAAAACUUUUGAUGACACGCCCACAUGAUUAAAAAAGUAACUGCCACAUCUUUAAUACAGACAGCUGUGAUUGCAAAGAAAACACCUGUUUGUGUUUCUGCUGUGAAUAAUUCUGAAAUAAUAUCAUAUGGUUUGUUUUUUUUGUUGUUGAAAUAAAGUUUGAAAAAACAAUUAUCUUUUAUCAAUUAAAUAAUUUUUAUUUUAAAUGAAGUUGCUGUCUAUUGAUGUUACAUAGCAACUAUACUGUCACAUGCGAGUUUUUAUGAGCUCUAGCUUAAAUGUUAAGGUUUGAAAAUCUGAAGAAAAAAUGUUUUAAUCUCAAUAGAAAAGUAACCAGUGUAUUUUAUUUGCCAAAAGCUAAGUCCAUCACUUUAUGCAUGGUAAUUACUGUACUGAUAAUUUGUGUAGUUGUUCGGCUACGCAUAUUUUUUUCAAAUUUUUCCUUAAGAAUUGGCUGCUGCUUAUGUGGAAAAUGAUAGGAGUGUACAAAACUACGGGUUCCUAGAGCAAACUUUUCCAUGGGACUGAUCUAUGACACAAGCUGUCUGGAAAAAUCUUGGGCCUGUAGAGUUUGUAAAUAGAUCAUGGUAAAUAUUGUUCAUGAUUCAUUCUUGUCCUUAAGUCAAUUUUGUUUUCUAUGCUCACCAAUGCUAAGUUAAUUUAAAUAUCUACUUACUGUAUUUUAACGCUGAUGUUUCAAACGUUAAUAUUAAAUAUUACUUAGAAAAUUUUUGUUUUUAUGAAGAACGAUAUAUAGUUAGAUGAUAUAUAUAUAGUUUACCUGUAAUUAUAUUACAGUAAUGUUUUGAAUUUUAGUAAAAAAAAGUUAAAUGGAUAUUUUAUUUUUGAGCAUCUGUUGUUGUUAUUUUUUUUUACUAUAUGCAGAUAUAUAGCUAGAUGUUAGGUUAUGUUAUUAAGGUAAUCACAGGUAUUUAGAAAGAAAAUUAACCCAUUGAGGAGCUAGAAAAACGCAUUAUUGCAUCUUAGUGUUUGUCUACUGAGAUUAGCACAAGCCCAAAUAAGGAACUUGAAAAUUCUGUUACUUUUUAGAAAAUUGUUUAUGAGUUCAUGGUGUUUAUUUUAAAAUCUUCUAGAUCAUAGAAACAUGUAUUGUGUAUAUUGCACUGAUUUAGUGACCAUGGAUAUGAAAUAAAGUUUAACUAUUUUCAAAACAUUGUCCAAUGUAUUGAGAAAAUUUGUUGCAAGUUUUUAAUUUUCUAUUAAAAUUUUAAGACCUGAAUAUGUUGUCCUGAAACUACCUGUUUCUGAUGAGAGGUUCUUGUUGAAGAUAGUGUAGAGAAAAAUGCUUAGUUUCCUGCUGCUGAAGUUAGUUUUGGUUGUGACCUACAAAUUUUGUAACUAAAGUUCUCUCUCCAUGAGAAAUACAAAUUUUGUAACUAAAGUUCUCUCUACAUUAGAAUAAUAAUUGGUAAAAUCUAUUGUCCAAGUAAACUUAACUUUUUGGUUGUUUAUUUUUAUUUUAUAAGUUUAUUUAUUAAUAGUUACACUAUCACGAUGCAUAACUUUUUAAAAAUUUCUUGUAUGAAGUAUUGUAAAUAAUUAUUAUAUAGAUUGUAUAAAUUGAAACAGUGGCUGA